AUGUGCGCUGCAGCGAAGCAAGCUGGAGAUGCCGCCGUCAGCAAGAAGGACUUCCAGGAGGCCGUCCGGUGCUACACGGAGGCCCUGCGAAAGUCGGAGCCGCCGGAGCCGUCGGAGCUCUGCGCGGCGCUCUUCUGCAACCGGGCGUUGGCAUAUCUGGAGUUGGAGAAGUGGAACGAGGCUGAGGAGGACGCCAGCCGUGUGCUUAGCGACGCCGCAAGCGGCGCCGGCGUUGCCGGCUUCGACGAGCCCAAGCUCCGGGUGAAGGCGCUGUACCGCCGCGGCUUAGCGCGGGAGGCGCUGAAGAAGUGGCAGGAGGCCAAGGAGGACCUGAGCCUGGCGCUCAAGGCUGCGCCCGGCAACGCGGGGCUCCAGGCGGCCUGCCGCCGCGUGGCCGCCUGCGUGCCGAGGCCGCGCUACGUGGCGGCCCAGCCGUACCACACCGCAGCAGUGCAGAGCCUCGCACACAUUGCUGGCGGAGAGGUUGGCUACAUGCAAGUCAACCCGGACAUCUGCGUGCGCUUUCCCAACGGCAUGGCUGUGCAGGCGCACGAACGCACCGGCAGCCUGGUGGCCAUCCGGGAGCAAGUGACGGCUCACGGGAAACGCCCCGCGCGGCACGUGGAGACGAAGAACCGGGACUUCCAUCUGAGGCCGAACUUCGGGCCGAUGGAUGGGCUCAACGCCGAAUACGACGUGGGCGGCAACCUGGUGCGGCUCUUCUCCAAGUUUGCGGAGGAUUUCAGCGGGCCAUUCCUUACUUUCAAUGCCGACGCGUCCAUGAGCUUGCGCGAGAGCUGCUGCUACAAGGAAGGCCGCGUGGUCAGCAAGCUCCAGUCUGACAUCCCGCCCAGCUUCAUAGCGGAUGCUUUCCGCUCGCUCAUCCUUCCGGUGAAGAAGGCACUGGACAUGGGCCUUGCUCCCAACGAGGAGGACCAGAUUGUGGGAACCGAACUCACCCGGUGA